AUGACGCCCCGAACGCUCCCGAUGAUGGCGACGAGCCCGCUUAAGGACGCGAUGGCGUCGGAGCUCAAGGGCAAGCCGGUCUCGCCGUACGUCAAGAUGGCCGCGGGCAUGGCGGGUGGCGUCGCCGAGGCGUGCUUGCUCCAGCCGCUCGACGUGACCAAGACGCGUCUCCAGCUCGACCGAACGGGGCAGUACAAGGGCAUGAUCGACUGUGGCAAGACGAUCUACCGCACCGAAGGCGGCGCCGCGCUCUACAAGGGUCUCUCGCCAUUCAUCAUGCACCUUACGCUCAAGUACGCGCUGCGCUUUGGCUCGUUUGCCAAGUUUAAGGAGCUCCUCGGCGCCGGCGAAGGCCAGCUCGAAGUGUGGAAGACACUCAUCAACGGCCUCGUCGCGGGCUCGCUCGGCCCGUGCUUGAACUCGCCCAUGGACGUCAUCAAGACGCGGCUCAUGGCACAGGAGACGGUCAAGGGCGUUGAGCCCAAGUACCGCGGCUUUGUCCACGCGUUCGGCGUCAUUGCGCGCGAAGAAGGCAACGCGGCGCUCUGGAAGGGCCUCGUGCCACGCCUGACGCGCAUGGCGCCAGGCCAAGCCAUCACGUGGACCGUCGUCAUGCGCGUCACGUCCUUCUUUGAAAACAACUAA